UUCAAAGACGAUAGUUGGAAUGACGUUUCCUUGAUAACCUCACUUUCUUGUUUUAUUUGUAACCAUAACAUAAACAUGGAACGUAUAAUUCAGGUCAAAUUUUUCAAUUAAUGGAAAACAUAGAAUUAUUGUAAAUUCAUAUAGUUUUCCAUAAUGACUUAGUGGAAUUAAACUGUAAUAGUUUUACCCAACUUUACAACCACUAAUUUUAUUGAUCAAAUUUAAUAACCUUUAUAAUGCUUAGAAACAUCAUAGUGCUGUGCUCUAAAAAUGUGUAUAGAGUUGUUUUUCUAUCUUGUAUAGUGUUUUUAUUUAUAUUAGCCAUAACAAUUAGAAAUACAGAUGUGACAAAUAAUGAAACCAGCCUCACAAGCAAGCUAGCUGAAUAUAUUGAAACUGCCCCAAAUAUCGUUCACUAUGUAGUUUUCAAUCGUACAAAUUUUGAUUUCAUCGUCUUUCUUUCCGUAACAUCAGUCUUGAAAGUACAGAGGCCUAGCGAAAUCCUAAUCCAUAGCGACAGCACAAAUGGGUUUUCAGGCUACUACUGGAACAUUGUAUCGGAACUGUCACAAAAAUUGGAGAUUCCAAUAAGAGUAAAUUUUCUCCCCAGACCCACCCAUGUAUUUGGUCAGAGGUUGAGUUCGGUGUAUCACUCCACUGAUGUUGCAAGAAUCCAAGUGCUCAUGUCUUUGGAGGCAUCUACAUAGAUACUGACGUUCUUAUUCUGCAACCGCUGGAUGAGUUUCUCAAGUACGAAAUGACUCUUGGCUGGCCACCCAACGAAAACAUUGGAACCCAGGUGUUGAUAGCGAAGAAAAACGCGCGCUUUCUGGAGUUGUGGCUGGAUGGCUAUCGCAAGUACAAGGCGCGCUCGUGGUACUACAACGCCGGCCAGUAUCCUACCGAACAAAUCUUAGCCAAAGACAAGAGCAUUGCGCACACUGUUCCCAAACUGUUCGGAGUGCACAACCUGCUGGACAAGUUGUAUGGCACCGCCGACUGGGAGGACUGGAAAACCUACUACACAUUGCAUCUACUCAGCAGGCACCCUCCCGCUCCACUAGAACUCAACGAAACCACUAUACUCAACUACACCUCGCCUUUCGGCGAGAUCUCCAGAUGGAUCCUGUUCGACCUGGUGCCCAAGGUCAGGCUCUCAACUGUAAAAGAGUUUUUCAAGUCAUCGACAACGUGGAAGUCCAUUCUGCCUCCUGAUAAUGUUUGAACAAUGACAACUAAGCUUUAGUAUUUAAUAAAGUAUUUUAAUAGGGCUACUUGAAUGUUCAAUUAUAGAAAAUGACUAGUGCCCUUGUAAUAUUUCAAAAUCCAUCAGAAUUUUAAAAUAAUUGUUAUGUUUAAUUCAAAAAUAUUACAAGGGUAGGCUACUAGUUAUUUUCUAUAACUGAUUUGAUAUUAGAUAUCAUCAUCACGUUUGAACAAUGAAAACUAAGCUUAAUUCUUAGAUAUCAUAAUAAUAAUAAUCACGUUUGAAUCAUUGUGCAGUAUUAGGACCAUAUUAUUAAGCGUUUUUUUAGGCGCCAACUCAAUCAGCUACUGUAAUCGAGAACUUCCUUCCCUGCCGAUUCCAAAAACGUCUGAAAAACGCUUAAUAUGGUCUGGCCCUUAUGAAUUGUAGGGAUAUAACUUCGUACUUGAUGCGUAUUUUAUGUCACAUUUUUUCACAUCAUCAUUAUUUUGUUUGCAUCAGUGUGCAGUGAGAAACUCAACUACUAAAGAGCUUGUUAUGUAAUCGAUAAUAUGGACGUCCAGUCUACUGCUUUCUGAUAAUGUUAGAACACUCAACAAAGCUUGAAAAUCUUAUUUUUGGACAUUAUCAUCACCAUCACGUUGGGGUCACUGUGCAAUAUGAUAAGUUGUAGAAGUAUGAGUUCUUAUUUGAUGUUCAUGCCUGGUUUUUACGACUUCAGUGGACAUUCAAGUUAAUAGAGGCAGGUUUGCGAAAGCGUACAGGCUAACUUGACCUGUGUAGACUGUGAACACCUACUUUUGAAGAGGUUCCACACAACUCUAAUUUAUUUUAUACAUCAGGUACCUGAUUCCUCAACCUUCUACAAUUAUAACUAGAAUAUUUACUAAAAACCAGUAUUCAAAGAAGGGAACUAAUAAGAAAUUGUCAACCACUGUUGCUUAUUACUUUUACCCGGAUAAACAAUGGUUAAAAGAGACUUGAAAAAAUGUUGAAUUUAACUAAUAGAUAUUAAAACAGAUAAUUGUUUUUACUGUAACAGUUGAACCAUUAUCAAUUUCAAACAAACUAAGUUCAAUUAUAACUGGUCACAAAUGAAACCUUCUGGCUACAUUGUUUUUGUUAGUGAAUAUCAAAAUAUUUUCAUCACUUAUGGUUCCAGACUACCUUUACUACUAUAAGAACAAUAAAAUAACUUGUAAAAUGCUAUUUAAUGAUACAAAUUUAUGUUUGUUUGGAAAUAAUGUGUAUGGUCGUUUAUGUCUGAAGAACCCGCCAUUCUGUGAAUCAAAUUUUAAAUGUAUAGUAUCGUACAAAACAAUGUAAUCAAUAGAACGUUGUAACAAUAUUUGUUUAAAUUAAGCCAAUAGUUAUAUUAUACCGUACUGCCAUAUUUUGCAUUAGAUUAGAUGUUAUAGGCUUCAAUACUAGUUGAAAUAAUUUACAAUAUUUCUUAGUCUGAGGCACAAUAUUGCAUCACAAAUCAGGUUGUAUCAGCUUUAUGGCAACUAAGUCCUUCUUAGCUCGCAAUAUUUGUAUCAUAAGUUUUUUAGGCAUCCCAAUUUCUAGAAAAUAGUUUACCAAAAUCAAAUUCCACUAUAGUGAGAUUCACUUCGAACUGUCAGCAUUGGUUUUAUGGGAAUGAUUGAUGUUAUGUAUAAAAAGUGCUGAUCGUUUGAAGUAAAUCCUACUUUGUAGCUAAAAGAAUCAACGUUUACUCCCAAUGAGCAAAACUACAAAAACUUAGUUAUAUGGCAAAUACAAGCAGGGUCGUAUAUUACCAAAAUAAUCUGAAAAGUUGGAAUUUUGUAGUCUCUUAAUUCUGUUCCUUCUCACCUUAUCUCUAUUUGUAUGUAAUCAAUAUUAUUGUAGUUGUUUCAUGGCUUUGAGACAUAUUCAAUCAAUUUCAAUACUUUUUGCCAAGAGCUCAGUUGUUACCUUUUGACACAUUACGGUGCCUUUCCAUUGAUCAUCAUAAUUAUUAUAGAGUGAAUUGGAAAGUACAACUCAGAAAAUGGAAGAGGAAAGAUAAGGUAGGUACGUUCAUUUUGAAUUGCAGGAGUUUUAAGAAUCGUCUGUAUAGUAUUAAGCAUACUCUUAGAUCAUAAGAAAUAAUUAUAUAACUAAAAUUAUACCAAUAUUUGAAUUGAAUAUAAAGUUAUUGAUUUCCUAUUAUGAAUAGGGUACACUAUAUGGGAUCAGUAAUUAUAGGGUAAUAUUGUAAAUUUUAAUAAGUAUAACAUUUUACUGCACAAUAAGUUAUUUUAGAAUUAUUAUUGGCCUGUUAUUCCUUGUUGUAUAAUGCAUCGAGAGUAUACGAAAACUUAUCUUUUAUCUUUUAUUUUCAGUGCAAUAUUAAUUUUUUCAAGUGUACUAUUUUUUAUUGAUGCAACAAGUUUGAAUGUAAUUAUUUAAUGUUACCAAAUAGACUUUAAUAGCAGUUUUACAGAGCUAUGAACUUUUUUAAAUGAUAUUUUGCUAAACCGGGAUUAUUUUUGCAAUACAGUAUUAUAAGAAAUCAAAAUACAAUUAGCUUGCUAAAAUUUAGACAGCACACUGUUGAUUAUUAUUGUUGUUGAUGCCAGUUUUUUAUGUAGUAUGCUAAGCUAAAUAUAUGAAAUAUAUAGGCAAAUGUAAUACCUAGAAAUUGUUACUUCGUAAAUAAGAUUAGACUAAUAUUGAUAUAAAAAUGGUGGCUCAGCCAUUAUGUACCUGUUAUUCAAAAUAAACAAAUUUAUCAGUUA